GCUGUCCAGAGUCAAGGCGAUGUCGACUGGCAGCCUGGAACUUCCCCUGGUGUCCCCGGAGCUGCUGUGGAGCUGCGUGGCCAACAGGAACGCCUUCCGUGUCAAGGGCUUCAAUGGCGCCGUCCUGUCCAGGGAGCCCGGCAACCUGAUGGGCCUCCGCAGCCAGAAGUUCUCUGGAUUGGUUCAUCCUACCACGAUCGACAUCCAGGCGGCGCCCGACAAGGAUGAGGGCGUGGUGGUGACCACCAGCCUGGGCGACAAGGCCAACACGCCGGCGCUGGGCAAGAAGACGAAGAAGGUGAAGAAGGGGAACUACGGCGCGUACCAGGCGUGCCUGAAGAAGACACUCAAGGGCGCGGGCAGGCCCGACCUGGACGACGCCGUGGUCAGGAGGGUGAAGAAGAUCGUCAAGUCGAAGAUCUACAAGCAGAACCACAAGAGGUGA